CAGUCUUUUUAGCUUAAUUAAUUGUUUGAAAAUAAUGCUGUAGCUGAGCCUCUUCAUCAUGCCUUCUAUCUAUUCUUCUUCCUUCAUUUCUCCUUGCCAAAUUCACAAUCUUCAACCACUGAAAGGGCUAUUUCACUUGAGAAACACAUAUAUAAAAUACUUGCAGAAACCAAAGAUGAAGCCUAAUUGCACUAGUUUUUCCUACAAUGUUUUCUUUCCCUAUUUCUAUCUGCAAUCAAUCUCUGUUUUUCUUCUUCCAUUUGUGUUGCUCAUCUUCUUUACUCCUCCAUGUUCACCAGUUUCUCUCCCUGGGCAUUUCAGGGACUCGCAGCAGCUAUUGUCAUUCAAAGCUAGUAUUUUUAACCAAAGCCCACUUCAAAACUGGGUAUCAUCCUCCACAAACCCCUGUAGCUUCACUGGCAUUACAUGCAAAGGAUCAAGGGUCUCUUCUAUAAAUCUCACAAACACUAUGCUCAGCAUAGAUUUUGGCUUGGUUUCUUCUUUCUUGCACAAUCUUGAAAACUUGGAGAGUCUUGUGUUGAAGAACACCAAUCUCAGCGGAAAUAUUCCAGAAUUGAGUUUCAAAGUUCUGUCAUAUUUGGACCUUUCUGACAACAAUUUUACUGAAAAUUUUCCUUCAUUUCAAGACUGCUCUAGUUUACAACAUCUUGAUUUAUCAUCAAAUAGCUUCAGUGGUAAUAUUGAUGCCUCCCUUUCUUCAUGCUACAAGCUCAGAUUCCUCAAUCUCUCCAACAAUAUGUUUGGGGGUGGUGUUGCAAAGCUGCCUAGUGGGAGUUUGCAGUAUUUGUACCUAGGGGGAAAUCAUUAUCGGGGGGAGCUUCCAGGACAUAUUGGAGAUUUAUGUACAACUCUUGUGGAAUUGGACUUGUCUUCCAACGAAUUUUCAGGUAUGGCCCCUGAGACCCUUGGUGAUUGCUUAGCCUUGGAACUUCUAGAUCUCUCCAACAAUACAUUUUCUGGUGAGUUGCCUGUUGAAACCCUACUAAAUUUGACUAGCUUGAAGACACUGGUUUUAUCAUUCAAUAAUUUUGUUGGUGGCUUAUCUCAGUCAUUGUCUAGCUUGGUAAACUUAGAGACCUUAGAUUUGAGUUCUAAUAACAUCUCUGGUUUGAUUCCCUCUGGGAUUUGUAAACACCCUAAGAAUAGCUUGAAAAUGGUGUACCUUAAGAAUAAUCUGUUUACUGGUCCAAUACCUGAGAGUCUAAGCAAUUGUUCCCAAUUGGAAUCUCUUGAUCUUAGCUUUAAUUACCUUAAAGGGAAGAUACCAUCUAGCCUCGGGUCCUUGUUGAAGCUCAAGGACUUGAUGAUUUGGUUUAAUCAGCUUGAGGGGGAAAUCCCAUUGGAGUUAAGGCACUUGCAGUCUUUGGAAAGUCUGAUUCUUGAUUUCAAUCAGUUGUCAGGGUCAAUCCCUGAAAGUCUGAGCAACUGUACUAAUUUGAAAUGGAUUUCUUUGUCGAAUAAUUUGUUGAGUGGGGCUAUACCAACUUCAUUAGGGGGCUUGUCUUAUCUAACCACUGUGAAGCUCGCAAAGAACUCCAUCUCUGGGAACAUACCUGCUGAGUUGGGGAAUUGCAGCAGCUUGUUAUGGUUGGAUCUCAACACCAAUUUCUUGAAUGGGUCUAUUCCACCUGCUCUGUUCAAACAAUCUGCCAAUAUUUCAUUGCCAUUACUUACUGGGAAGCUAUUUUGGUAUAUUAUUUGGCAUGAUGGAAGUGAGCAGUACCACAAAGGAAAUUUACUAGAAUAUUUUGGGAUUGCACAUGAUCGUCUGGACAGGAUUUUAACCAGGAACCACUGCAAGGGUAUUAGAAUGCCACCAAUAUUUCACCACAGCAGAUCCAUGAUUUUCCUUGACCUUUCAUACAAUAAGUUAGAAGGCAGUAUUCCAAAGGAAUUAGGUUCCAUGCAGUAUCUCUUUUUUCUGUAUUUAGGGCAUAAUGAUCUCUCUGGUCCAAUACCUCAAGAACUUGGAGGCUUGCAGAACGUUGAAGAUCUUGAUCUAUCAGACAACCGACUCAAUGGCUCAAUUCCACAAACUUUGAUCAAUCUCACAUCUCUUUCGGUUAUUGAUCUGUCUAAUAACCAACUUUCCGGAAUGAUACCUUGUUCAGGUCAAUUUGCAUCAUUUUUAAGAGAAUCGUUUGCAAAUAAUUCUGGCCUUUCUUAUUGCCCUCAUCCUCAGGAUGCCCCAGAACCAAGUCCAAGUUUAAGUUCAAUUUCUAAGUCAAGUGGAACAAAGCAGAAAAAGCAUUACAUCAUUAUAGGUUGUGGUGUAAUUGCAGGGGUACUUAUUUGGUUAGUAACUCAGUUACUCGUGAUCAGACUUACAAGGAAAGGGAGAAUGGAAAAUGAUGGAGAAGAAUGGAGUAUGGUUUCAUUUCAAAGAUUGGGAUUCAACAAAUGGGAUAUUUUGGGUGGUUUGACAGAUCAAAAUUUGGUUGGAAAUGGAGGGUCAGGAAAAGUAUAUAGAGUGAUCACAAAGAAAGGCAAAAAAGUUGCUGUUAAAAGUAUAAGGCAUGAACAAAAGGAAAGGCAGGGAUUAAUGGAGAAACAAUUCCUAGCAGAGGUUAAGAUCCUCGGGGGAAUUUGGCACAACAACAUAGUGAAAUUGUUAUGCUGCAUCAGAGGAAAGACAACAAAGCUUCUUGUGUAUGAAUACAUGGACAAACAAUGUGUUUACAAAUGGUUGCAUGGAAAGAAGAGAGGCUUAACUACUCAAGUCUUGCAGUGGGAGAGAAGGCUAAAAAUUGCCAUUGGAGCUUCACAAGGGCUUUGCUAUAUGCAUCACAGUUGCGAUCCACCCAUUAUUCAUAGAGAUAUCAAGUCCAGUAACAUACUCGUCGACUCUAACUUCAAUGCCAAGAUUGCAGACUUUGGACUAGCAAAGAUGAUGGCGAGUGAAGGAGAUCCAGAAACAGCAUCUGCUGUUGUGGGAACCUUUGGUUACAUUGCCCCGGAAUAUGGUAGUACAAGAAAAGUGGAUGCGAAGAGCGACAUCUACAGCUUCGGUGUAGUACUCUUGGAAUUGACAACGGGAAGAGAAGCAGUGACUGGAAAUGAGGAUAUGAACCUGGCACAAUGGGCACACAAACACCAAAGAGAAGGAAAAUCAGCUGCAGAUGUCCUGGAUGAGGAGAUCAAGGAGCCACGCUAUCUGGAGGCAAUGAUCACUGUUUUCAAAUUAGGCCUGGCGUGUACGUUGAGUUCCCCAUCAAGCAGACCGUCCAUGAAAGAUGUUUCACAGAUUCUUCAAAGAUGCAGCGAAAACAAUCAUAUGUCCCCAGAGAGUUGAUAGACAAUAUAAAUAUAAUAUUUUCACUUUACUUUUGAAUGGACUUGUACCAUUACGAAAUGUUGGCAAUGGUGGUUUAUUUAAUGUGACUAUUGUACUCACAGGGCAAUAUUCAUACUUGUUUAA